AGCCGGGAUGGCGUCAGCCCUGCCCAGGACCCUCGGGGAGCUGCAGCUGUAUCGAAUCCUGCAGAAAGCAAAUCUCCUGUUCUACUUCGAUGCCUUCAUUCAGCAGGGUGGCGACGAUGUGCAGCAGCUCUGCGAGGCGGGCGAGGAGGAGUUCCUGGAGAUAAUGGCUCUCGUGGGCAUGGCCAGCAAGCCGCUGCAUGUGCGGAGGCUGCAGAAGGCGCUGCGGGACUGGGUCACGAACCCUGCUCUUUUCAACCAGCCCCUCACGUCCCUGCCGGUGAGCAGCAUUCCCAUCUACAAGCUGCCGGAAGGCUCUCCAGCGUGGCUGGGGAUAUCCUGCAGCAGCUACGAGCGCGGCGGCGGCACGCGGGAGCCGCACGUGAAGGUGCCCAAGUGCGCGGCGGCGCCGUGCGCGCAGGCCGCGGGCGCCGGCAAGGCCGAGGCGGCGGGCGCCCUGGCGCUGCAGGGCGGCAGCGAGCUCAGGCUCUGGCCGGGACAGCACGGCGCGGAGAGCGAGCACAGCCUCUCGCCGGCGGAGCUGGGCUCGCCGGCCUCGCCCCGCGACGGCAGCGAGACGCUGGACGCCGCCGCCGCGCUCUCCGUGGCCGAGUGCGUGGAGCGCAUGGCGCCCGCCCUGCCCAAAAGUGACUUGAGCGAGGUCAAGGAGUUGCUGAAGACCAAUAAGAAACUGGCAAAGAUGAUCGGUCACAUCUUUGAGAUGAGUGAUGAGGACCCGCACAAAGAGGAGGAGAUCCGGAAGUACAGUGCAAUAUACGGCAGAUUUGACUCGAAAAGGAAGGAUGGCAAGCACCUCACCCUGCACGAGCUCACGGUGAACGAAGCAGCCGCCCAGCUGUGUGUGAAGGAUAACGCCCUGCUGACCAGGAGGGACGAGCUCUUUGCGCUGGCUCGGCAGAUCUCUCGAGAGGUUACCUACAAGUACACGUACAGGACCACCAAGUCUAAAUGUGGAGAGAGGGAUGAACUGUCACCAAAGAGAAUUAAGCUUGAGGAUGGUUAUCCUGACUUCCAGGACACAGUCCAAACACUCUACCAGCAAGACAAAAUGCCCCUUGCUUUGGCUAAAGGGAAGAGUGAAGACUUGGCAGCCCUUAACUCCCAGUCUGAAAAGGUGAUGGCAAAACAGAUGGAAUUUCUUUGCAACCAGGCGGGCCUGGAGAGGCGCCUCUCCACAGGCUGCUUCCGGCAAAGCUCGGAGGAGCACAGCCCCAACGGGCUGGCGUUGGAUAGCGCCGACGGACAAGGUGAGAGACCCCUGAAUCUGCGCAUGACAAAUCUGCCCAGCAGACAGUUGCAACACAUUUCACUUGAUGGAGAGCAGCACGUUGGAAAGCCUCUGUGCAGCGACUUGAUCCGGCUUUACCCCAGUGGUGAGGCAAAGGCCCAGUCCUCGGAGGGCCUUGGUAUUUUAAAGGAUUUUCCUCACUCGGCUUUUAACAACGUGGAAAGGAAGGUCAUAAAAACAGAACCUGAAGACACAAGAUAAUCAUUCUGCUCUGGAUAAUGGUAUAAUAUGGAAUGAAACUUCAGAAGAGGGGAAAAAAAAGAACAAAACCUAGCCUUAAUAACCAGUGUUGCCUCAUUCAAAUAAGAGAUUUCAAUAGCCAAAGCCUAAGAACUGGUACAGUAGUCUGUGGAAACAGAAAAGCAAGAGACACUGCAAACUAAAACAGUAAUACAGGUAGAUACACAUUCCUGUGAAAGUGGUUUUAUAACGUGGAAAGAUUCACAAAUUAAUAUUGUGGAUCUUCAUUAUUUAAGAAUGUAUUAUGUAUUUGUAUAACUUAUCAAAGUAAAUCUAGGUGUCCGGACAUGUAUUGAGUCCAGUAGAUGUGGCUACAGUUCAUUUUACUUGAAAUUUCAGUGUCUACUUUAAAUGUAGCUAGCGUAGAUAUGGUUGUUACACAUUUGAAUUAAAAUCCUUGGAGAAUUAGGGAUGCAUCAGGAAACCUUGUGACACAACAGCAAGUUUGCAACAAUAUUUGUGGGGGGGGAAAAAAAAAAAGGAAAAAAGCCUAAAAUAUUUCAUGGUUUAAAAUGUUAUGUGGAUAUAGCAUUUGAUAGACCCUGAUCCUGUAUUAUAGCAGAUGUACUUGACACUUACUGUUGUUACAUCACUUUUAACAGUUUCAGCAGCCUUUGUGUAAUACACUUGUAGUAUACUACCUAUCUACACUUCAGGAGAGUAGGAAAAGCCAUGUAAAGUAUGGAAGAGGCCAUAUUAUCAGCUCCUGUUUCGUUGUGGAAAACGUUUUUAAGAUUCCUGUUCAAUUACUAAAAUCUCAUUUGGUAGGAAACCCAAGAGAUGAGAUGGACAGAGCUGCAAAAAUUGUGAUUCAGGUCACUGUAACUUUUUGGACUUCUCUGUUGAUUUUUAAAAAGAUAAAAUGCAUCUGAGGUGUAGCAGAGAUCACAUGUGAUGCAAAGUUUAUGCAUCAGUGUAAACAGUUGCACUUGAUAUUCAGAAACCACAAAAUCUUUUGGAGGAGAGAGAUGGGGGGGGGGUUAUAUGUUUAGCAUGUGACCCCUAAUUAAGUGCUGUCCAGUCCACAUGAUUCUAUGAAUAUAUCGUAUACUGCAUCCAGUAUGCCAAUACAUUUCUUUGUGUUUAACUAACAUCUGUAUUGAUUAUUUAUUUGACAGUUUUUAUUUUUUGUACAUUUUCACUCUUGCAGAUGUCGUUUUAUCUAAAGAAAAGCAAUUGGCGUGUAACUCGGGCGUUGGCCGGGGCGUGUUCUUGUGCAUCCAUUUCUCUCUGUACAGUUCCCACAGUAAGAGGCGCUUUCCCUGUUUUGGUUUCUGAGCACAGUUUUUGCUGCGGCGCUCCCCGGAGCGUAGCGGUGCGGGAGGGCCCCGGGAAGGUUCCCUGCUCCGUGGGCCGCGUUGCCAGCGCCGAGCCGAGAUCCGGGCACGGCAAACGUCGUGCUGCAACGACCAGCAAAAUGUGAGCUGAGAUGUGUACACUGCAGUCUCUGAUCACUGUAAAUGUAUCCAGUUAUUUUAUCAAUUUUGAUUUGUGGAACAAAGCUUUAUAGUAGAAACACCAGUAAACAACUUUUUAUACUAUUAAAAUCUUCGGGUUUUUUUUUUUUUUUUUUUUAACAAAAAGGGUUUCUUGAACUCUGUGGUACUGUUUCACAUCUUAAAUGUCUUACUUUAAGCAAUGGAAUUUGCAGCUUUGCUGUUCGGAAUAAGAGAUUGACUGUGUCGUGUUAUUCCCACUUUCCUGUUGUGUGGGCUAGUAAUCUGGGUAAGAUGUUCCUUCAGUUUGUACCUGAGGAGCUUUCAUGGGACACGUAUGGAACCUGUUAAAGGACAGAUCAAGGGUUGAGCUGUACACCCUGAGUUCCAGAGCGUGUCAGUCGAAGAUGUUAAC